AUGGCCAGUGCGGAUUCCCUACAAUAUGACAAUGACUUCUGGCAGGACAGACUUGGUCCUGCCUCACAAUUCUCAAUGGAAAAGAAGUGUCACCUUGUGUUCUCACUCUUGAUAUUCUUGACGCUCAGUCUCGCCAAUCUCCUUGAAUUCAUCUUCUCCAGCAAGCUCAUAAUUGUCAAGCAAAGAGUUGGGAAAUUUAUGGCAUAUUCAUCCAUGGGUACCACAGAUGAUACACGGUUUCCUCCUGCAAUGAUCUUCUGGCUAUGGCACAAAAACUACCCCAAGUCUUGUCGCUGGCUUCAUGACAUGGUAAUCCUGGGAUGCACAAAGGAAAUAGUACUGGAGGAGAGCAAUAAACUCAUCAAUGAUGGCAAUCUUCGAAUCAAGCUCAGUGAUCUUACCAUGGAAAAGAUUUGGGAGCUUCUCAAGCCGGAGAGCAUAGCGGCAAAGUAUAAGGAGGCAGCUCCAUUUCUCUGGGGCAUUUUGCACACCUUUGCUGCAUCUCCCAACUGUUAUAGACAUCAGAAUCUACCCCGGACAACAGGUGAGGAGACUGAGAUUGUAACUGGAGAAGACUUCCAAGGCACCCAGAGUUUCGUGGUCUUGCCUUUCUGUGUUGCUUGUUUGACCUAUGAUACAUUCUCCAUGAAAGGAAUACCCAUAAUCAACCACAAGAACAUACCUGGUCCCGCUCAAGAGCCUUAA